GAAUAUUUCAAAAGUUCAUCUUGAAAUAUUCAUGAAAAGUUUAGUUUAACCUAUUUCUCGUUAACGAGAUAAAGACUGUUCAGCGUCGUGGAGAGGGAAAUUUACGGUUUAAAUUUAGCGCAAUGUUGGAAUACACAACUUAACAAAAUUGUUGCAAAAAUUUUCAAAGUCAAAGUUAAAGUCAAAAGUACGCUAUCGUUUUGAUUUGAAAGAAAAACCAGCCAAAUUUGUGUUUGUUACAACUGGUAAGUUAGAAAUAUAUUGAGGUCGCUUCAAGUCCUAAGGCUGAAAUGUUAAGUCUGUUAGAGCAAAGACACUACAUGUGGGCCAUUGUUUUACUCUUCGUGAAUGUGAUUUGUAUCAAAGUGGAUGGCAGGUACAUCAACAAGUUAAAUAAAGAGAAAAAGACAUCUGGCGAGGACAAAGAGUUUGAAAAACUGGAGAAGAGGCAACAAAUUACGGGGGAGUUAGAAAUUAAUGGCCAACGGUUUGAAAGUUUGGGUUGCUGGCGAGAUGCAUGGGCGCGGGGCCUACCAACAAUCGAAGGAGAACAUUAUCUUUUAAUGGAUCCCAAUUACAAAGGCAGAAGGCAUGCUUUGUAUAAAUGUGCAAGGGCGGCUCUCGAUAAGGGACGUAAAAUAUUCGGCAUCGAGAACGGAGGCCAGUGCUUUGCGAGUUCUGUUGGGGACAAUGAAUAUCGCAGAUAUGGAGCUUCUAAAGACUGUAGAGGUGAUGGUAAAGGGGGGCCUUGGAGUUUACAAGUAUAUCGUUUUGUAGACCCAAAGAAGUCUGUCAACGGCGAGUAUAGCCCCUGGUCCUCUUGGACUGAAUGCAGUAAGUCGUGUGGCGGUGGAGUUAGAAGGCGCAUGCGUAAAUGCUCAAAUCCACCUCCGUCCAAUGGCGGAAAAGAUUGUAGGAACUUGGGUCCCAGUAUAGAGAGUCAAGAUUGCAACGUUAAAGUUUGCAAAGUUUCAGGGAACUUUGGACUUGGAACUCCAGAGUUUCACAUUUCAAAACCUUCUUACCAGAAUGGCAACCAAGCAGGACGUCACGUGCGACAAUUUGCAGGUCCUAGCGGACAAAUUUCAUCGAAGGAGAGACAAAAUGCAUUUCGCGGAGAGCAAGAAGAACAGACUCAUCAUGUACAACAAAUAGAACAAUAUCCUAAUCAAGAUCAAGGAAACAAUUUUAACCUUCAUAGCUCCCUUAAAAAAGCGGAGAAAUAUGUCCCAAUAUCUCGAGAGGAUUUCAAAAAGAUUGCCUCGUUUCAAAAAUCUGUAUCCACUUCUAGUCAGUACCCUACAAAUGGCAAAGGAAAAUAUUCUAAUGAAUCACCUAGUGUGCCGAGAAAGAGCGUUUCGUUCGAGGUAAACACUCCAAAGCAACCAAUGCGUCUUUCAUCAAAUCCUAAAGCACAAAGAAACAUGGAAGAACACAAUGUAAAUUUGUAUGAGGGGUCAAAACCUUUUGAUGCAGACAAUUCUAAUAAGGAAAAGUUUUCCAAUGGAGCAGCUUCUUCGAGAUUGAAUAAUCCUUCAAUGAAUCAUGUUGGGCCGGCUGCAGAUGACUUCCUGAUUCCCAAAUUAAAAACGCCUUUAACAAAUGAACACUAUGAUGACAAAGAUCAAAAGAGACCAGCCAUAUUGGAAACUGACAAAAUGAAUGCAGCCGAAAGCUCGCGAAAUUCAAAGGGGUUUAGCCUGGUUGGCCAGUCACUAGAAACAAUGAAAACCGAUACUUCAUCGGAUAACUUGGUUAGUCCUCACGAUAAACACUACUUUGACCAUCUUCAUGACUCUGCAAAGGAGAGUGGAAAACUGGAGAAUAAACCCAGCGGAUACCAUGUAACAACAGAAUUAAAAAACAGUAAGGAGACAGAAGCUCACAAUACUCAACAACAGGACACGGAGAUAAAGCAGAGAAAACCCACAAGGUUCAAGGAAAACUUACAAAAUGAAAAGGGAAAAGAAAUGCACCAAUCUCUAUCUGCACUUCCAAAGAAGAGGCCAAUGGAAUCAGGGUUCACUUCGAUGUCCUCCAAAGACACAGACAUGUCACCCCAUCGGAAAUUGUCUAGCAAAGAAAAGCAGGCAUUCGGGCAGAAAGAAAGAGCCACUGAACCGACAUCAAGUAAAUUACAAGGGGCGUACGUCGAACACGGGGAACGAGCUGAGGGACCAGUUGGUGACUCGCACCAUGUUUCUACAACAGGAGAUGCUCUGUCUAUGACCAAAGAGAAGGCCAGUUUUGGAAUAGAUUCACAGAGAGCAGAGAAAAAUCCUAAAUCCCUGCAUGACGUCGGAACAACUUUACAUGAAAAAUAUCCUCCACAGGAAGAACUGUCAAGCAAACCCUUUGCGUCGAGUAAGGGACAAACACUUCAAUCAAAUGGAGGAGGUGAAAGAAAUGAAAAACAGGAGUCAGAUCAAGAGCAGUCAUCAUAUGAAGGUGAACCAGUGCCUAUGGUGGACUUAAACAAAGGCGCUUCAAUGGGAGGAAUGGAUUAUGGGCCGGCGAAUGGAGAGGAGUCUUUAAGUCCUGGGGUGGACAGUACAAUGCAAAAUCAUGAAGGUGGUACGGGGGAAGAUUAUGGACCAGAAAAUGAAGAGUCACCCAUAGCAGAUGCCAGCCAGCAGUCAAGACCGGUUUUUGACAAUGAAGCCAUUCAGGGAAUAACUGAUCUUUCUCAGGGAGAGGAUGCACGCAUAAUACAACAAGCUAACUCUGAAGGCCAGGCAGGUCCCGAUGGAGGCAUGGGAUUCGCAUAUGAAGACUCUAGCAUGCCACAAGCGUACACAGGAGAAACUUCCAAAGAGCAAGUUCAAGAGGAAGUUGAAAAGAAUAGGGGUGAGGCAGCAAUGAAUCAACGCCAUUCUAGUUCUGGUUUAGAAAAUAAAGAACAGUCCCAGGAAAAAAUUGAAACCAGUCUUACGUCGAACGACUAUACUUCAGAGCCAGCGGAAGAUUGCUUGUGUCCAAAGAAAGAGUGCUCCGCCAAAGCAGACGUCGCCUUUCUUGUAGAUGGCUCUGGCAAUAUCCCCCAGCCAUACUAUGCUCGUGUUCUGGAAUUCAUCAAGAUCUUCUCCCGUGGAUUUGACAAAAGAAACACCCACAUUGGAUUAAUGGCUUUUGGCGAUGAUGUUAAAACAGCUCUUGAUCUUAAAGGACUCAGCGACUUUAGACAAUUUGACGAUGCCGUUAAUAUCGCGCCGUAUAUCGGAGGGAAAGCCUACACAGGAAAUGCCCUCUUGCAAAUGAAAACGAAUCUCUUUGCCAUUUCCGGUCGUCAAGAUGCUCCGAGGGCCCUUAUUCUGUUAUCAAGUGGUGGUUCAGCGGACGAUGUAAUUGCACCUGCAGAAGAGCUGAGAGAUACUGGAGUCAAAGUUACCGCCAUUGGCCUGGGUAAACAAGCCAAUGUCAGGGAACUGAUAAACAUUGCUUCAGAGCCAAAGUCAGAACACGUUUUCACCGCUUUCUUAGACACUUUGCCAAAUGCAAUGGAUGAUAUCAUUCAGGAGGUUUGUAGAGAUGUUAUGGGGAUAGUUCGAGACAGACAAGUUCCUUGUACCUGUGAGACGAACAACGGCCAGGUUGGGCGUUCCUCUAAUUACAUGAAAGACACCUCUGAAACCGGAGCGGUACCUACAGACUCAAACCAUCAUUAUGAGCGAUAUUCUCAAAAAGAUAAGGAGUCAGAGACUGACAAGAGGCCCCUUUCCCAGGAAGAACCAAUUACUGAAGGCUUUCAAUCCACAGGAGGACCAGGAAUAGCAGAUCAGCAGGCUAGGCCGGCAGGUGGUAAUUCAGAGAGGCAAGCAGAAAUGACCUCUAGUGGACUUCACCCCUCCAAAAUUAGUUCUUCGAACGAUCAGGAGAAUCAGAACCCGCUUGUUUCCUCGGGAGAACUUAGUCAAGACGAGGAGGCGUUACAUUCUCAAACCCUACUAUCUCCGCCCCUCGAGAAUAAAAAUGGAGCUGUGGAUGAAACCUCAAAGGUUUCGUCGACAAAUUCAGAUGAGAAUCGUGGAUUCCAAAGCCAUCAACGAAUGGAAAGCGUUCAAGAUAGCCAGAAUAACGGGACUCUAGGCCCUUUACGCGAUGCAGGGGAGCAGCCCUUUGCCGCUGGAGUAAAGGAGAAUUAUCAGUCCCAGGACAAGGACGACUCAGGCAUUGCACAACCAUUUAAUCAAAGUCAAGCAUUACACGGAUUCCAUGGUUCUCCGGGUGAUUCGUUUAAAACAACAGCACUCAACACCGAAAGAGUUCAGGGAACCAGUCUUCGUUUACGUCCAGGCACUGAAGCGCUUUCUAAUGAGGACAUCAGCAGUAAAGCUUUUGAGCGGCCAAAUUAUCCUGAAGGCUACUCCAAUGAAAAAUAUGAGCCAUCACCGGAAUACAAAGUGCCUUCAAAGAUUAUGGCUGUCGGAAAAGCUGCAGAAAACUUUAAGGCCGAAGGAGAAAAACAAAAUAGUCAUGAUUGCGGUAAGGUUCACCUCGGAGUAGUCUUGGAUAGUUCAUCUUCCCCCGAAGGUCGUGGUACGCAACAGGCAGCAAAGAUGAUGGAUUUGUUGAAACGAGUUUCCCACUUAUUCCCUGCUUCUCCUCAAGGUAACAGUGUCGGUAUGGUGGUGUACGGAGGCUCACCACAACCGUCCGUGGUACACUUCGACAAAUUCCUCGAUCAGGAGAGCAUGGAUCAAGCUAUUGAUAACGCUAGUAUUCCAAACCUUGAGAUACGAAUAGGAAAGGCGCUCACAGUGGCUCAAAAGCAGCUGUUUAGUCAGCCUGCUACGUCAAAACACAAGGCGCUGCUUCUGGUAACCGACGGAUUUUCAUCUGAUAACGUCAGUCGACCCGCCAUUGAACUUAAAAGGCGAGGUAUCGAGGUGUUCUGCCUUGGCGUAGGUAACAAUGUCAAUCAAACACAACUUGAUAUCAUCGCAUCCGAACCCAAGAACAGUCACGUGUUCUUAGCUCCAUUUAAUGAUGCUGCUGUAUUCAUGGGGAGAAUUCAAAAAGAAAUAUGUCAGUCCGCGAGAAGGGCAGCUCGAUUACAGACCCAGAGAAAGUGCCAUUCCGACCUCGGAUUUGUUAUCGAUGGUGCAAGGAGUGUCGAGGUUCUUGGAAAAGGAAACUUCAAGAAAAUGCUGGACUUUGUUAAAAAUGUUUCUUUAGGAUUUCACAUUUCACCUGAAGCAACUCGGGUGGGGGCCAUUACUUUAGGAACUGAACCCACAUUGUCAAUUCCUUUCGAUAAAUAUUCUCUCCCUCGGGAUUUAGCCCUCGCUGUAGAGAACAUUAAGUAUCCUGGAACCGUUACCAUGACAGGAAAAGCUUUGGCCUUAGCCGGUCAAAAGUUGUUUGAUAAAGCUAGUCGGAUAAAUGUCCCCAAAGUUCUUGUUGUGCUAACACGAGGUACUUCACGGGACAAUGUUCAACCUUCCGCUCAAGCGCUUCACAGAGCAGGAGUGACGGUCAUUUCUGUGGGUCUGGGUCCAGUUUACAACACGAAUGAACUUAGUGAUAUCGCUUCAAUACCAGCUGCUUACCAUGUGAUUAAGACUAAAUUUAAUGAGCUACAAGAUAAAGUAAUUGAGUUGCAGGAUAAAAUAUGCCAAGCAAAGCUUAACCAGCAAAGCAGACAUGAUAACUAAUUCUGUUAAUAAUAAUGAUACUUGGCUAUGGUUGAUACCCAAUUAAAUCAUAGCAAUAUCCUUUCAGCCUUUCCCUAAACAUCUCACCUUUCGAGCAUUUUAUGAUAGGAAAGUUAACGGCAAAGUUUAGGCGAUGCACUAUAUAGGUGCCCCUUUAUUUUAGUAGGAUCGUUAACUUCAAAAGUACAUUAGCUCCAGUUUUAAACAUUCUCAGUAACUUUUUCCACUACCAAGUUUGCACAGGUUUUUUUUUUGCAAGCUUUGGAUAUAACUUAACAUGUGAUCGCUGCAGCCCGAUUCGUUUUGUAACCCGGUUUAUACCCGUCAUUAGGCAGUGAACAAGCAUUAAUCUUUUCUAGAAGAUUGUUAAGCGAUGAUCACAGGUGAUGUUUUUGGUAUUUUCUGGUAUUCGUAAAACGCAGAAUUAGGACUGACAUUACAAAACACAUUUCAAACAAAGCAGUUUAAAGCAGCUAAAAUCUUUUCAUACUAUGGACCAAGUAAACUUCGUCUUUCGUAGUGAGUUUUCCACUUCUCCAUCCUUUGACGUCUUUAGUAUAGUCUGAUUUAUAUCUUUUGUGUUUCGCAAUCUUGCCAAGAAAGUAACUUUUGGAUUUCUUCUGACUAAAGACUCGAAGAUGUCUUUGUUUUCUUACUUGUUUAUCCUCUACAUCCUUCCAAAGAUGUUGAACUCCUUUAAAUCUGGACUUUUAAACCUGUGGAUCAGGAGGUAAUUUGCUCAAAUUCUCUGGGUAAACCUGAGAGAGGACGGGUCUGCAUUUUGCCCAUCUUUUGUUAACCAGUGUGAAUCUCAACACAGAUAUCUUUUUGACGAAUUCCAAGACUUGCAUGAACAGAUAAGGAAGAGAUCUUUAGAUACACAAACAAGACAUCGAACUUUUCAUUUGACGGGGUUUAGGAAAAGUUGACAGUAACAAGUGAGUUUACAUUGUAUCAUUCGAUAAUAAAUUGUGGAGGUAAUGAGUAUCUUUUUAGCAAAAUGUAUUUACUCAUGAGCUAC